CACUGUGCGCCUGCUGCGUCACAAGAUGAGUCCUGCUUCACGAUGCGCGUGAUGUGGGUCCGUUAUUUAGCCUCCAUCACGGUAAGGGUGGAAGGAACACGUCCACACUGUGUCACAGCUUCUCCGUGGACGCUGAGGGGUUGACAGGAUCUGCUGAGGAUGCGCUCCGAGCGCUCUGUGGAUGAGUGUUGAUGACGUGCUCCUUCGGGCCGCUUCAGCUCCCGUUUCAGGUCGGAAAGGUUUAUUAUUAUUUGUACACCAGGAGAAAUGGGGAGCACGACCUCCUGCUGCGUGUCUGGCAGCCCCAAGCUCCGCAGAAAUGCCCACUCCAGGCUGGAGCCGUACCACCAGGAGUCGGAUCUGAGCAGGGAGGAGACGGCAUGCAACCUACAGCACAUCAGCGACAGGGAGAACAUCGACGAGUUGAACAUGGAGUACAACCCAUCAGACCAUCCUCGGGCUAGCACAAUAUUCUUGAGCAAAUCUCAUAAUGAUGAUGUGAUUUAUAGGAGUGUGCGAGAGAAACAAAAGAGCCUCUUCACCAAUAAUCAUGGCAUUCUGAGGCGAAAAUACAGCUCCUGCUCAACCAUCUUCCUGGAUGACAACACAGCCAGCCAACCCAACCUCAAAUACACCAUCAAAUGCGUUGCUUUAGCAAUUUACUACCAUAUAAAAAACAGAGACACAAAUGGAGGCAUGCUCUUGGACAUCUUUGAUGAAAAGCGUCACCCUCUUUCGAAAUCAGAGGUUCCACUGGACUACAACCAAUAUGACCCGGACCAGAGGCAAAUCUACCGUUUCGUCAGGACCCUUUUCAGUGCUGCCCAGCUCACUUCUGAAUGUGCCAUCGUCACACUGGUGUACUUGGAGAGACUCCUUACUUAUGCAGAGAUUGACAUCUGUCCAGGAAACUGGAAAAGGAUUGUUCUUGGCGCCAUCCUGCUGGCCUCCAAGGUCUGGGACGACCAGGCUGUCUGGAACGUCGACUACUGCCAGAUCCUCAAGGAUAUAACCGUGGAAGACAUGAAUGAACUGGAGCGACAGUUUCUGGAACUCCUGCAGUUCAACAUCAAUGUACCGUCCAGUGUCUACGCCAAGUACUACUUUGACCUACGAUCACUCUCAGAGUCCAACAAUCUCAGCUUCCCGCUGGAGCCGCUCAGCAGGGAAAAGGCUCGGAAGUUAGAGGCCAUUUCCAGACUAUGUGACGAUAAGUACAAAGACCUUCGGAGAGCUGCCAGGAAACGCUCGGCCAGCAUGGACAACCUGUGUGGUAGACGAUGGGUUCCUGCAAUUCUCUCCUAACCACUCAUCAGCAUCCCAUCCUGGACUGGAGCUGCAUGCUACUGGUUGGAUGGGAAACUCUGAGACUGCAGAUCACAGGAAAAGAUCCAGAACUGGUUGGUGCAGAUUGCAAGACUUUUAGUUACUUUGGAUCCUUAAUGCAGAACUUGAUGGAACAGCUGUGGUUCAACACCAAAUGGUAAAGGUCACAGCUUCAAAGUGGAACUAUGUACAACAUGAACACGGGCUUUGGAAGAUAAGACUCCAGAGACGUUUCUACCUUAACAUGAUGCCUUCAUAGUGCCUCAACUUGUCUACUGAGGAGGAUGCAGGAAUCUUUGUGUUUUCUUUCACCUGUUUAUGGACAAACAGCUUUGGACCAAGUUCUGGGGUAAUGUGAAGCCUUCAGACGCUUUAGGACAUGGCAACGUUAACCUGCUGUGACAUAAAAACCUUUGCCUAUGUUUCUAAGUUUCUCCUGAAUUUGUCUGGCUCAGUUUUAAAGAUAAACAUAUAAUAUAAUAGCUGUUCAGACAGCCUUAAAAGGAAUAGAAGUUAUUUUGCUCUAUAAUUCAAACAUUAGCCGAGUGUUGAGAUUUUUGCUUGUUAUUUAUAUCCUUUGAUAAACAAUGAAAGUGUUCUUGAAGGUUCACAGUACUUCUGGUGUACCUCUUCAUACUCAGGUAGUGCAUUAUGUUAAUUUGCUGUGAUGCUCCAUAUAAGCAAUAGCAAGACAGUUCUCCUUCUAAACAAUAUCUGUAAGAUAAACCCCAACUCUUUCUCCCUGAUUAUCAGUAUUACCAUGAUCUUAAAAUGAUUUUAUCACAUAUUUCCCAAAGGCUAAGUAGACUGCAGCACAUCUCACUCACUAACUUAUUCAGUAUUACUGAAAAGUGGAUGAGAAUAUGUUACAUCUACAGUGCAUUUGGAAAGCUUCCAGUCGUCCCUGUUGCUGCUGGGUGAGAGACGGUUCCUUUGUUCUAACCCCUCAAACAUGGGGUACAUGUGGAUUAAACAUAAUGAUCAUGAUUUUUACAGAGAAAGUAAAACUCCAUAAACUAUAGCAACCAAAGAUUUCUUUUAAUUGGGUAUAAUUUAGACCAUGUCGAAAUAUCAAAUAUAAAAAAAAUCCCUUUUUUCCACAAUGUUGGUUAAAAAUAAACAAUACUGUGUUAAAGUUAUCCAUACUGUCAGUGUGUGAUCAAGUUGUUGUGUCUAUGUGUUAAAUUAGCACAAAUAUAUACUUUGAUUUCUUGUGAAUUGGACUGAUUACUAAACUAGUAAUACGUAUAUUUAUUUUAGGAAAUAACUUUGUACAGUUUAUAAAGAACUCCAAUUCUCAAAAAUGGCUGUUAUAUUAUUAUUUAUUGUUGUGUUGAUUUGUAUUUUUUAAAUAAAGGAAGGUACUUUUGUUUGAUAA